AGAAUCGCUUCGUUCCCCAGCAGACCCCAGGGCCGGACCGACUGAUGAUUCCAACUUAAGAAGUGUUACAAACUGGCGCAGCGCCUCACAAGAAAGAAAGUUUUCGACUGUGCUGGCUGAUCUCGUAGCUCCGAGCUCCUCCAAUCUGAAAUCUCCAGCAAUCAGCAGAACCACCAACCAGUAGACAUCCAAUUUAGCAGUCCGUGUGCGCAGUGAAGCGUCGCUCGUGUCGUCUUCGUCUUGGUUUUGGUCUCCGAGUUGGCUUAAUUGGCCCAAAAGUAUCUCAAGUGUGUGAUUGUGAAAGUUCCUGCCCGUCCAAACAAAAUGUACGUGAAACGAGUGCUGCUCUUCGCGGCGCUGCUGUGUGCCCAGCCCUAUGGCCAGAUGGCCAAUGAGGAUGAGUCCAAUCCGCUUCUGGACAUGGCCUCCAUGUUCUUCCAGGAGGCGCUGUCCAACCAGAAUGGUGGCGGCGGAGGAGCAGGUGGCGCUGGAGCUGGACUGGCGGGCGUCGCUUCUCUCAUAGGCACAUUCAUGCAGGCCAAUGGCAAAUCCGGCGGAGGAGGAGGUGGCGGCGGUGGAGCCGCCAUGCAAAUCCUGUCCGGUCUGGGCAGCAUGCUGGCCAACAAUGCUCGUGGGAAUGGCGGUGGUGGCGGCGGCGGUGGCUUCGAUCCCUCCAUCAUUGGCAAUGUCCUGGAAAUGUUCACUCAAGGCGAUGACGAGGAGUCCGGCACCGCCGAGAAGCGUAGCAAUGGCGGAGGAUCCGAGUCGGGCAUUGGGCUGGAUACCAUUCUCCAGGUGGCCUCAGCUUUCAUGAACAACCAAGGAGGAGGCGGCAACAAGGCCCAGGCCUCCCACCACCACAACCAGAAGCGUUCAGCCUCCCAAGAACCCGAGUCCGAGAACGGUCUGAUGAACCUUCUGCCCCUGGUAAUGCAGGCCGUCAGCUCGUUUGCCGGCCCCGAAGGUCAGAGUACUCAGGAGCGUCACAAGAGCCAUGCCUGGGUGCUGCCACCCUUCCUGGAGCACAUCCAUGUGCUGUGGGAUCACUUCUCCAACUCGGAACUGGCCGAUGCCCUCUACGAGAAGUCGGGCGUCAAUAAAAUCAUGAAGGGCUUCAAGGGCAGCGAUGGAAAGCUGGACUACGACAAGCUCUUCGAAUCGCUGAACAACCAAUCCUUCCGCAGGCGCUGGAUCAAGUCGGCAACGCUUUACCUGGCCGACUGGGCCAGCUAUCUCGCCAAUCCCGAUGUCUAUCUCAGAUACUUCCAGACGGCACAGAUCAUGUUCAACGGACUGCUCAAGUCUCAAGGUUACCCCAAGCAAACGCACUUCGAUCCGGCCCGGCCCAGCGAGACCCUCUCGAACCUGCUGGACCACGUGGCCAAGCACCAUCUGAGCGUGAAGAUCGAUUCGCGGCAGUAUGUAAAGCCGGCGGUGGGAUAUGCCAAGGAACUGCUGAAGCUCGGCCAGGCCCGCGGCUUGCUGCAGUUCAACGCCACGGAGAUCAGCGAUAAGCUAACGGACACGCUCAAUCUGGAGGUUAUCGAACCGGUGCUAAAAGUACACCGCGCCUACAGAUACAUCUCGAAGACGCCGCAAUGCGAUCGCUAUGUGCUCUGCCAGCUGAAUGCAGCCGCUCUUGACCAGCAGCAGAAGCAGAAAUCCCAACAGCAACAGCAGCAGCAGAACCAGCAGCAACAGUCCAAGAAGCAGGCGACGACGGCGUCUGGCCUCAUUGCCGGAGUUAGUCCGAAAAUCGUCAAGAUCGGCAGCAUGGGUGCAGCCAUCUUCAUUAGCACGGAAACCGGUACACCGUUCUGGACGCUAUUCGGUGUAAUCAAUGCGCCAUAUAAUUGCGAGGCCAAAUAUCCAGUCGACUGCAAUGGCUUCCACGAGGGAGAGGCCAAGGUGACCACGGAGUACAUACACAAUGAGUUGUAGUUGCCCCCCGAGUAUGAGAGGAUGUCGCCAGUGUCCAGGAAGGUCGAGCCAUUGGCGAGAAUGCUCAUUAAGACGUCGAUCUAGCUGUAAUUGAGAUCAAAAUUUCGUGUGUAUAUAGUAUUACGGAUUGAAAUACAUUUAAACUUAAACCAUGUAAA